GUUCUUUAAAUCUUGAUUUCUUCCUUCAAUGAUGAUGACGAAAAGAGCCAAUUGGGCUUCAGUAGUAACAUUGGCCUUCAUGGACUGAAAUGAAGAGUCUUGAUGGUCUACGGUGGACGUUGAAGUCCACAAGACCACAAUAUGCUUCCUUCUACACCAUACCAAGAGCUCAGGUGAGCUUCUUAACCCGGAAGAGUUCCGAACAAGUUGGACAAGCCGGUUCUCCUAGAUUUUUAUAUCACGGCAGAGUACCCGAGAGGCCCGUCAAGCCCUCGAAUCCUACACGGCAUGUGCUUUCUCAGCCCAUGCGCGCUGUCAUGCGCCAAAUCCCACACCCCGUAGUCGUUAUUACGACUCUAGAGAACGCACAUAGUAUAUCCGAGCUCAUAGAUGGUUCCAAAGAUCAAGUCCUACCUCCGGUCCCUAGAGCCAUGACCGUGUCGUCAUUUACGUCUUUAUCUGUCGAUCCCGUACCGCGGGUCACCUUUAAUGUUUCUCUACCGAGCACAACUUAUCAAGCCCUUAUGAAAUGCGGGAGGUUCAAUGCUCAUAUACUCAGUAGCGACGACCAUGGUGUUAGAAUCGCAGAUUUAUUCACUCGAGGCAACAGGCUUCCGCCAGCCGAGGAGACAACUAAAGACGGAGGACAACCAGACCUAGGUGUCCUUGCGGGUUUGGAAAAACUCGGGGUUCAGGUGUUAGGGCGGGAGAUAUGGCGACAAGAAUGGGAGCAGGCUAAAGACUAUAGGAAAAAGGUUGCUGCCGCUGGAAAUAUGGGUACGAAUAACCCCGAGGUCGACUUGCCGCCAUCAGGCACUCUGCCGGUGUUACAGGGCCAAGGCGUUAUGCACGUGUUAAAGUGCAAAUACCGCCACUUACCGCCUCCCGUAGAAGGAGACUUUGAUCAUCAUGCCAUCGUCAUCGGGGAGGUCCUAGACAUAAUAUCCGGAGAAUCUAGGGAUGAGAAUAGCAUCGCGCUCGCGUAUGCGGAUAGAGCAUACCGACAGAUAGGAGAGAAGCUAUUAGACAGACCUACAUCUGGCCAAGGAUCCUCUUCAGCCGGGAAGGCAUAAUGGCAGAUUGACGUAUUUACAAGGGAAUUAGACGUUCGAUGAAGAGUCCGCAGUAAUGUCCGUCUAAUUCAACAUCCUACUAGGCCAUGUCCAUAGUUCUACGAAAUUUAACUCAUAGAGAAAGCGAAGUAUACCACCCUCAAAUAUCUACCAUUCUUAUUAUAUGCAAAAUCGUACAUAAAACAUGAUUCCAGUCACGUUAAUCAUGGGGGGGAAAUCCUAUAGCGAGGCAGGGUAGCAAUAUCAAAACUUGUAUUCUCAAUUGUGCUUUCUCAAUACUCGAGGUUUCAGAAGGCCUUAGCCGUCUGUUUCUACAAAGGUCUGGCCUUGGUAUUUACGAUUCUCAGGGGC